AUGAAGUCCUCUCCUUUUGCCUUGCUGCUGUUGCUACCUUUUGCAUUCUCCUUGUAUAUGGUGCCAAUAUUGAUCUUCCCGGCUUCGUCUUUUUCAACUAAUGCCACCGAAACUCAUAGGGUACCGCCCAAUGUACGCUUUGAGAUCGAUGACGUGGAGGCAAAUUGGACAUAUCAUCAGACAUUCGACUACAUCCACUGCCGCUUCAUGGGCAGUGCUAUUCGCAACUGGCCUCGUUUGGUCCGUCAAUGCUUUGAGCAUACCAAACCAGGCGGCUGGGUCGAAUGCAUCGAUCUCGACCUGGAAUGGAACUCUCCAGACGGUUCUCUCACCCCCGACCUCGCUUCUAAACACUUCAAUACCACCUUCCUUGCGGCUUCACGAGAAGGCGGCAUGGAGCCUUGCCCUGGACCUCUUCUCGAAGGCUGGUUGAGAGACGCUGGUUUCAAGGAUGUUGCGGCUGAGAGGCAUGUUUGGCCUGUGGGAACCUGGCCUGCUGACAGAUAUCUGAAAGAAGUUGGCGCCUGGAACUACCUCCAGAUCAUGGAAGGUCUCGAAGCUUUCACUUACGCUCUUUUCACGCGUGUUCUGGGCUACUCGCAGCAAGAGGUCGAUGUUGUAUGUGCGAAGAUCAGGAAAGAAAUGAAAAAUCCUAAGAUGCACGCAUACUUCUAUCUACACGUCGCCUAUGGCAAGAAGCCCGAGGACAAGUAA